ACACAGAAACGCCAACUGACCCAGCCGAGGCUCAAACAAGAGACUUUCUUGCUGUGAAAUAGUUCAGAAAACAAAAAAUCUGAACAGCAACUAUAGAUUGCUAUAGUAUGGUUAAAAACAUUUAGUAUUUAUUAUUUACCGUAGUAAUUUGUCAUGUGUGGUGUCUGCUGUAAAUUAUGUAACAUUUGUCCUAUGAUGAGUUGAACUAAAACAAGAAGUUUUAUUGAAUGUUUGUUAGUGGUAGUUAUUAUUUAUGUAUUUAUUGUCUGCUUAACGUUGAUUCUGAAAUAAUUAAUUUGACUGAAGCUGAUUUCCUCCUGGCGCCCGGUGACCGCUGUAAGUCGCUGUUGCUGUGAUUGUCCUCUAGAUGGCAGUAGUACACAGCACACUGAUAGCGGAGGCGCUGGAGGAAAAGCUCAGAACAAGCAACAUUAAACUCGUGUUGAAGAUGAGAAGAAACAAAGAGGCUACACUUCAGCUUUUAUCAACUCUAGAGAGAUGAUUUAGCGAACACGACACAACUCCUGCCUUUCUUCAUUAUAUCCUGGCUCUUGACUGUCAAUUCCUCUGUGAAAGCGAUCAGGAAUAGCGGACUUUUACCGUGUUCAUAUGUAAACAGGCCUGAUGGAGGACACACACCGUCAUGAGAAAAUCAUAGAAAAUACACACUCACUGAAGAGAAAAGGCAAAAAAUGCUUCACCUGCACUCAGUGUGGAAUAAGUCUAGCAACCAAACAAACUCUCAGAAAUCACAUGAGGAUCCACACUGGAGAGAAACCAUUCACAUGCUCUCAGUGUGGGAAGAGUUUCAGAACCUCAUCAACCUUUAAUGAUCACAUGAUGAUCCACGCUGGAAAGAAACCACACAAAUGUGAUCAGUGCGGGAAAACAUUUUUGAUGCCUUCAGGGCUGAAGAGACACCUUCGAGUUCAUACAGAGGGGAAGCCUUAUUCAUGCUCUGUGUGUGAAAAGAGUUUCAGACAUGAAGUUGGUUUAAGAGAUCAUCAGAAGAUCCACACCGGUGUGAAAGAGUAUAUGUGCUUUGAGUGUGAGAAGACCUUUCUUACGGCUGAAAAAUUGAAAUCACAUGAAAGGAUGCACACUGGAGAGAAACCUUACAAGUGUUCACACUGUGACAAGAGAUUCAGUCAGUUAGGAAACCUGCACAGACAUAAGAGGAUUCACACUGGAGAGAAACCUUACACGUGUUCACAUUGUGACAAGAGGUUCAGUCAGUUACAAAGCCUGAAAUCACAUGAAAGGACUCACACUGGAGAGAAACCUUACAAGUGUUCACACUGUGACAAGAAAUUCAGUACAUUAGGAAGCCUGCAAACACAUGAGAGGAUUCACACUGGAGAGAAACCUUACAUGUGUUCACACUGUGACAAGAAAUUCAGUACAUUAGGAAACCUGAAAAUACAUGAGAGGACUCACACUGGAGAGAAACCUUAUACAUGUUCACACUGUGACAAGAAAUUCAGUACGUUAGAAAACCUGAAAACACAUGAGAGAACUCACACUGGGGAGAAACCUUACACAUGUUCAUGCUGUGACAAGAGAUUCAGUACAUUAGGAAACCAGAAAACACAUGAGAGGACUCACACAGGAGAAAAACCUUACAAGUGUUCACUCUGCGACAAGAGAUUCAGACAGUCAGAAAACCUGAAAACACAUGAGAGGAUUCACACUGGAGAGAAACCUUACACGUGUUCACAUUGUGACAAGAGGUUCAGUCAGUUACAAAACCUGAAAUCACAUGAAAGGACUCACACUAGAGAGAAACCUUACAUGUGUUCACACUGUGACAAGAGAUUCAUUGAUUCAAAGAAUCUGAAAAAACAUGAGAGGAUUCACGCUAGAGAGAAGCCUUGUAACCUUGAAGGUGUAAGGUCGCCAUAGUCUAACAAAACUGAGUAUCUCCUUUGUUUCUCUUUAGAUAAUCAAUCCAGACACCUGUAGUGAAAUUAGCUCAGUUUUUGAAUAUUAAUGAUCAACAAUAACGAGUUAUUAUUAAUUAUGAACAUUCAGAAUUAACUUACACUCCUGAACAAAAUCUUAACACCAGGGGAAACAUUACAGUAACUCACAUUUUGCAUGGGUAGAUCUCGAUCUCUUUCUCUCAUUGUGAGAGUUUCUCUGAUGCGUGAAAGAUGGAGUCUUGAGUGGAGCUUGCGAUUCAAAUCGGAGGAUAUGCGAGACGCAACUUCAAACUGAGUUUAAUUUGCGGGAAAAUGAAGAAACGUGGACUCAGGCGAGUUACGUGGGUACACAAAUGUGGUAUGCCCCAUAAUAGACCUUCGUCACAGACCUUUCUCCAAAGUUUUUAGAGGUGUAAGAGCUAUUUAACCCCUUUCACAGUGCCCUGACGAGGACGCACUGAGGCGCUGUUUUUUCCACAUGUCAAUGUUUAUGAAUAGUUUACACCAAAAAGGACAAGAGUAAUCUUGAAAAACUACAUCAGUUUAAAGCUACAACCUCUAAGCACCCAUUGCAGCUAGAUGCUUUUCAAUGGAAAGAUUUUAAAGAAUGUAUUUGUUAAACUUGUGUAAGUUUUGCAGUAAACGCUUAUUAGAUAUGGCGUACAUAACAUGUAAUAGCAACACACGCACGCAUUCAUUGCUGUACAUCACGGUUUAUUUUGAAAAGUAAGAGUCCACAGAAAAAUCAUCUCAUCAAACACAUUUAGUCCACCGACAAAAUAGUGUUGAAUUAUGGAUGGUUAUUCAUUCGUUUAUGUCACCGUUUCUGCCGGAGACCUAUUGUUUACACUGUUUUACCAUGGUACUUAUACGCGAAAACAGAAUCUUUGGAGUAAAAGACCAGUCGAUGUCAUAGCUUAAAGUGUUAUAGAUAAAAUGAGACCACAAACUGAAUAAAAAGUCCAAGUUAUGGUUACUUAAAUCUAAUCAAAUCCGAGUGUUUGAUCGUCUGCAUGUCUCUAGCUGCGUCCCAAAUCGCAUACUUAUGCACUAUUCUACGCCAUUUUGUAGUAUAAAUAGUGUAAGUAGUGCGUUCACACUGAAAACUCUAAAAAUAAUAAGUGCACUUUAAUUACCCGGAUG